AUGGUCACCGAAGUUUUGUCUCCCAAAUCCGGACCCGUCGUGGCAAACAAUGAGAACGAUAACUCUGUCAGUCUGGCGGAUCUAUUGACAGGUCGCUUAUACAACCCAUCUCCUGGUGUCCGUGUUUGUCUGCCGUUUUUGGCCUCCACCGAGGGCCGAGAUGUCCCAUUGGCUGCGUACUACACCUACGUGAUUGAGUGGCCAUUUGGUCGAAAGCUAAACGAUUUGCUGAAGAGAAAACUUAAGGUGAUGCAUGCGGAACUGUAUGCCAUGAAUCAAGAACGGAAAAUGCAUUCGUCCGGCAUUCUCAUGGAACAGAACAUGCGAACUACUCAAGCGGAAGAUCAUCCGUUUCUGGCUUGUCAUUUGGGAGUGAACUACAACAUGUCAGCAGAGCGAUCCAGUUUUAUGCAAAUUAAGCGCUCAUCCAGUUCGUUGCGUUUUUUCACCAACGGAACCGACCAGUUAUUGUCUUUUGCUCUGGCAAAAGAGGAUGAGACCUGUUAUGUGGACUUCAAAGCUCGAGCUUUUACCAAGACUGCAAACUCACAGGGAUCCGAUCCAAAGGCCAGCUUCUCAUCGAUGUCUCGACUUUGGGCCGGCAAAGGGAGUUUGUUGUGUGGCAUUUGGAAUCGAUUACUCGAAUCCGGUGACAAUGCGGUAUCACAGCGACUGACUCUACCGAGUCUGCCAGCCGAUUGGACGAACGGCCUGCAACAAGUUCACCGUCUUGAACGCAGCAUUUUAGACCCUCGAUCUCACCAGUUCUUCAGCUUCCUGACCACACUGUACACAUCGAAAUCGUUCAUGUGGCCGGAACCAUGUGUCCCACCUUGGAUUGCUACAGUAGAGUACUACGGACUUCAGGAUCUUCCACUUGGUCUAUUUCUGGAAAAAUGUUGCUUCACUCAACAGCAUUGUCGUCAUCCUCACUGUGAAAUUCCCAUGACUGAGCACGUACAACGUUUCGUUCAGACCACUGGAUCCGUGCAACUGGUCAUUCGGAAACUGAAUCAAGAUCCACCCCGUCCGACCGAAUUUUCCAAUCCCAUCGAACUGAACAAACUACGACCAGACAGCCGAAUCCAAAUGUGGCUACUCUGUCCACAUUGUCGUUCCAAUUCACCGACGGUUUAUCUCUCCGGGGAUACGUGGCAUUAUUCGUUUGUCAAAUUUCUUGACUCGUUGAUCAAUUCUCCCCCCGGUCAGGGUCGUUGUGCGCUGCGUGCUCCAGUCGUGUCAGUCGCGGAAUCUUCCGCGAACAGUGUGAACGGCAAUAGCAAUGGCAACAAUAAACAACCCGAGAAUUUAAGUGCGCCCGAGACUGUCACGGCCACUCAACGACUGGAACCGAUAUUACAACUGACC